GCGAAGACAAGCUCUCACGCGCCGCCGGCGAUGUACGGCGCUUCCGACCCCGCCGCUGCGGACCGCACGGCGUUCCGGCGGGCGGAGAAGCAGUACAAGCUCUACAAGCCGCCCAACCUCAAGGGAAGGUCCAGGUCCAGGUCCAGGAGCAAGCCGGACGGCGUUGAGGGAGGCUGCGGUGACCUUUCAGCGGUGGUUGACUUCCACGCGCUGCUUGCGGCCGACGGGGAGCUGCCCGCCGGGAUCGGCCGGAGCAACUGCGCCGGGUUCGACCACCCCGUGUUCUGCUUCUUGGACCGGCCGGGAUUCUAUUUCAUUCCUGGCGCUCUAUCAACUGAGGAACAAUGCUAUUGGAUUAGGGAAAGCUUGAAAACAUUUCCACAGCCACCUAAUAGGACUAAUUUGACUGCUAUAUAUGGUUCAAUUUCUGACUUGUUCGUUGCUGCUAAAAAUCGAAAGAUCCUGGUUGAAGUGGAAAAUUCUGAUGUACAAGAAAAAGAACAGAAUAAUGGUGAUGGAAAAACGGAAUCUAAAUACUCCAAAUUUGUGGAAGACUCAGAGAUCCAGAAGGGUGAAGGGUGUAGGUCAACCAGAGCAACUACUCUCAUGCGCAAGCUCCGGUGGAGCACCCUUGGCCUGCAAUUUGAUUGGUCAAAACGCAACUAUGAUGUAUCACUUCCACACAAGAGGAUUCCAGAUGCCCUAGCUAAUCUUGCAAAAAAUAUGGCUAUUCCAGCUAUGCCUUUUGGAGAAGAAUUCAAGCCAGAAGCUGCUAUAGUGAACUAUUAUGGUCCAAGUGAUAUGCUCGGUGGCCAUGUUGAUGACAUGGAAGCAGAUUGGACAAAACCUAUUGUAAGCAUAAGUUUGGGUUGCAAGUGCAUCUUUCUUCUUGGAGGAAAGACAAGAGAUGAAGUUCCAACAGCAAUGUUCCUGCGAAGCGGUGAUAUAGUACUGAUGGCUGGGGAAGCACGAGAACGCUUCCAUGGUGUACCACGGAUCUUCACAGAAAGCGACCAACAAGAAAUCUCUGCACUGGUUUCACAACUAUCUGGUGAAGAUGACUGCUUUAUCUUGGACUACAUCAAGAAUUCCAGGAUAAAUAUCAACAUCAGACAAGUCUACUGAAGACCAGAUUGGUUGCAGACUUGCACAUAUUUGUAAUGAAUGCUGCAUCUUCACUGGAGUCAGGUGCAUUUGCAGAGUACCAUGGUUCGUUAAGUGGCAUCUGGAAUAGGAAUGAAGGAUCAGAACGCUUAGAAUAUAUGCAUCAAACUAACCACAAUUAUAGCCCCCAUUGGACAAGAUUUUUUGUAUAAUUUGGCAACACGGGGAAGAUAAAAGGCUAAUUUUCAGGGAUUUUAGACCAAGCAGACCUUGAGCAGGAUUGCUGAUCAAAAGGGUUAACAAUUGGUAUCUGAUUUCAUCUUGUUCCAUUUUCUGAUGUUUCAGUCCUCCACAAUUUUGCUGCUACUGCAAGAUGUUUGUAAAUCUAUUUGGACUUAUGCUUGAUGUUCCCCUCACCUUGAGAAUCCAUAUGCCAAUAUUUGUAUCUUCUGUGUCUGUGUAAGUUAUCAUUUGUAUCAACGGAUGGGUUGACUUUUUGCUUGGCAUUGCAGUUCCAUAUAGAC